GGCCAAAACAUUUUGUAUCUUGCCUUUUUGCCCGUCAUAGAACUGCAAAUCAAGCCUCCCUUGCACGCUCGACGUUGUGCGGAGCCGAACGGGUAUGUGCUUGCCUCGGCUUCCUUCCAUUGUUGGCCAUUUGAGUUUUGCUGUGAGCCUGUGUGCGAAGCACAACAACCUAAUCGCAACGCACAAUCCGCCUCGCCAUGAAGGAGAUAGAAGACAAGGCAAUGCUUCCUGACGUCCGCGAACUACUCAUAGAGAAAUUUGUGGGCCGCGAGGAAGAGAACGAGGACCUAAAAUUCGAGCUCAAGUUUCUCCUUCAACGCGAACGUCCAAGCGUUGUUGAAGAUGUUUCAGUUACAACCAAAUCACAACGCGCAACCAGCAUCGCCAUGGAGAUACACGACGCGGCAACGCCUCGUGAAGUUCACAAACUACUCAUCGAGCGUUUUGUGGGCCGCGAAGAAGAGAACAAGGCCCUCAAAAGCAAAAUCAAGGAGCUCUAUGACCGCUUCUUGCCACGUGAAUUGUUGGAAAAAUACGGAUUUCUUCCGGUCGAUCCUAUGGUUGUUGAAGAUGUUUCGAUUUGUGCCAGAAACAAAUCCUUCAACAGAAAGCUGAAGGAACGCGUCAUACUCCGUUGCGUUCCAUGUAAUGCUCACAGAGACCUUAGUUUUGUUAAUUAUAACAGACGAGUGUCCAUUAAAAGUAAUAGAGCGAAGAAUGAAAGUGGAACAAAAGAAUACUUCUGCGGCGAAUCUGCUUUUGUGGACACUCCAAGACUCUUGCCCGACAAGUGUACCAUCAAUCAGUUGCUACGUGAGGACACUGUUAUUGAGGUAUUCGACGACGAGACCAGCGAUACACCCUGCCCUGCCAGCAACGUAUCUGGGCUUUUGGAUUGGCACUACGAUCCUGAAUUUGCCGCCAAAGUCUCUGCCAGUAAUUCACCAGGAGGAGGGUGGACUUGUUCCAUUAUUCUCGAAAAGCAUAUUGACGAUUUCGAAAAGUAUAUUGACUAUUUUGAUUGUAAUGAUAACUUUGGCAAUUUAAUGCUCGAUGUUGAAAUUAAAUUCGAGGGUGGAAUGAAAUUAGGACCUUUAAGCGAGGGCUUCAGCUACGAGAACCCCUGUGAUGUGGAAUCAUUGGAUGAUAUUCGAAAUGGCUUUGAUGGCGAAGUAGUGGAUAUUUCGAUUCAAACGUACUGGCUCCCAUCGUACGGAGUAAAACCCGGUUACUAUUGAAAAAACUCACGGUGAACGCAACAGAAUGGUAUCUAUUUCAAUCUAUACAUG